AUGAAUACUUAAAAUUUGCAAGAUGAUGAUAAUGACAUAGUGUUGGUUAAACGAAGAGUAAAUUAAUUAGAAAAAGAAUUAACUUUUUUCAAAAAGCAAAAUGAGGAUCUAAAGUAUUAUAAUAUUAAGGUUCAUAGGAAUGAGUUAGACGAGGCUAAUAUUAGAAUAGCAAAUUUCAUUAAGUUAUAGGAAGAACUUAGCUUAAAAUAUAAAAACCAAGCCGAAAUCGUACAAAUGUUAGAAGCUGACCGUAUCAGGUAAAUUUAUUGAGAUUUUAGGUAAUUUUAGAUGAAAAAUCCUCAAAUUGACUAGUCUAAAGGUCAAAUAGUUGAACAAUACGACAUAGAAUAUUAAAUAAAAGAUUAUAAAAGUAGAGUAGAAGAGAGGCUUAAAAAGGCAAUUGAAGACAAAAAUAUAGAACUUAAUAGCAGAUUCAAUGAAUUUACUAAAAAUAUUGAAGAGAAAUGGAAGAAGGAGCAAAGAGAAUAUUUUUUAAAAUAUUAAAAAGAUUUAAAAAAUAAAGAAUUAUUAAUAGAAGAAAAAUUAAAAGAAAUAUCAGAAAAAAUAACAGAAAAUAAUAAUUUAAAAUUUUAAAUAGAUAAAUUACAGAUAGAGUUAAAAGAACCAUAAAAAGAAGCAUAAAAAGAUGCAUAAAAAGAAGCAUAAAAUAAACCAUAAAAAAAAGUAGAAAGAUAAGCAUCAGGAGAAGAAGCCACAUAAUAUUAUCCUAGUGGAGGAAAAACUGAAGAAAAGUAUAUAGCUUAAAAUAAUAUAAAUAAAAGGGAAGUGAAUAAAAAAAUUGAAGAAGAAGAAGAGCGACAAAAAUAAUUGGAAUAAUAGGAAUAAAGAAGGCAAGAAUAGUUGAUUAUAGCUAAAUAAUUGAAAGAUAAAGAAUAAAGAGAAAUAGAGGAAAAAAAGAAAGUAUUUAAAGGUAAAUUUGAUAAUUAAAGGAUUAGAAAUGUUUUAGUAGAUAUAAAAAUCUCAUGGAAUAAUAGAAAUUUGUUUUUUGGUUGAUAUAACGGGAUCAAUGGAUCCUUAUAAAGAAUAAGCUAGGUAGUGUAUUAAAGGUAGUAUUGAAUAAAUAAAAAAAUAUACAUAAAAAGAGACUCGAUGGAGUGUAGUUGGGUAUUAAGAUUUUAGUGAGUUGAAAACGUUAGGAGGAAAAUAUAAAGAAUUAUAAUUUACUGAUAAUUUAAAUAAUGUUGAAAAAUUUUUAGAUUAAUUAGUUUGUUAAGGUGGAGGAGAUGCAGCAGAGGAUAUUAGAGGAGGGAUAAAAUAAAUGGUAUAAUUAGAAUGGAUUAAACAAUUUAAAUUAGCAAUAUUAAUAUGUGAUGCUCCAACUCAUGGUUAAAGAUAUAAUGGAGGUGUAAGUGAUAGAUAUCCUAAAGAAGAUAUAGAAGAUGCUAUUAAUUUAUUAAUUGAAAAAAAUAUAUUUUUACUGGCUAUUCAAUUUCAAAAAACCACUUAAAUUAUGUUUGAAGAAAUUAAAAAGGUAUAAAAACUUUUUAAUUAAUUAGAUCUACUAAGCCAAAGGAAAAACUGAAUUAUUAAUUAUAGAAAAUGCUGAAAGUGUCGAAAUUUCAAAACUUUCCAACUUAUUUAUUAAUUUAAUAUCUAAUGCAACUUAAUCAUUAACUUAAAUUAAUAAUUCAGCUUCUAAAAUUAAUAAUAGAAAAAAUUAAAAAAAAUAGGAAAUUGUUAGUGCAAUGGAAAAUCUAUGUAAAAAUACUACUGAUAUUGUUAAUUUUGAUAAAGAUCCAAAAAUACCUACAGUCCCUAUUUCUUUUAAAGUUUAUAGAGUUGAAUUAUUAAAAUAAUCAUUAGAAAAAAACAUUAGCGAUAUAAAAUAACUUAAACUUGAUACUGAUUUUUAAACAUUUGAGGAACCUGGUAUUUGGAAAUGUAUAAGAACAGUAAAUCCAUUUGCCGAAGGUUCUGUAAAAUAAGUAUUUUUAAUGAAGAAAGAGGAUACUCCUACAGAAUUAUAUGCAAUCAAAAUGCCAUUAGGAGAUCAAACUUAUAAAUCUAAAGAAGAAGCUAUUAAGGAUUGUAGAUCUCAUCUAAUUGCUAAAUGUUUUCUAUAAAAAUUUAUCAAAGAUAUGGAGAAAGCUAAUAUGGAUACAGAUAAGAAAAUAAAUAUUUUAAAUAUUCAAUAUUCUAAUUUUUUAGUAUUGUAAGAUUCAUCAAAAUCUGGUAUUAAAUUUAUUUAAAUAGAUUCCUUCUGGGUUGCUGAACGUUAUUUCAUUGGUGAAUUCAUAAAAUACAAUAAUAAUGGAGCAUUUAUACUAAAUGAUAGUGCAAUGGAAAUAAAUCAUUUUGCAUAGGCAUUUUCAAUCUAUUCAUAUUUUUAAUCAAGUUAUAAUUACAUGAUAUGUGAUAUUUAGGGUAUUGGCCAAUUUUUCACUGAUCCUGCACUGAAUACUAAAGAGGGUUUUAAUUAAAUAUUUAUUUUUAGGUAAAUUUGAUGAAACAGAUAUGGGUUAUGAAGGAAUAAAAGAUUUUUUGGGUACUUAUCAAGGGAGAAGACAUUUAGGUUAGGAAUAUUUAAGAGUUCUUAAUCUAAAUAUAAAUUUAUGA